GCAGGUUUCCGCAGCUAAGCGGGCAUCUCCGCGGCGGCGUCCGGGGUCUCCGGCAGGGUCGACGCUCCGCUGUUCCUCGUAGUCCUCUGCCUCGGCUGGCAGCGGGCGCUCUUCCGCUCCCCGAGUGCCCGGCGGCUCCAGCGCGCCCAGAUCUGGCCCCCUGCCCCGCGAAGAUGGCUGCCGUACGCCGGGCCCGUAGUUACUGCCGCUGCCUGGUGCGCUUCUCCGACCGAGAACUCUGCUAAGCCUCGCUGCAGCAGGCAGGCAGGAGUAGACACCCGGACACCCAGCACCCACCUCCAGGGGGACGGUGCAGAGGGGGCGCGGAGGGCCCCUCGACCGCGGUCGGCGGCCCCGCCAGCAUGGCAGAAGCUGAGGAAGAUUGUCAUUCUGAUACUGUCGGAGCAGGAGAUGCUGAUGAAAAUGAGAGUCCUGCUGAAACCGAUCUGCAGGCACAACUCCAGAUGUUCCGAGCUCAGUGGAUGUUUGAACUUGCCCCAGGUGUGGGCACUAGCAACUUAGAUACCCGACCUUGCAGAGCAGCAAGAGGCUCUCUACUGAAAGCAGCAGCAGAUACCAAAGGAAAACAAGAAAUGGCAAAAGAAGAAAAGGCUCGAGAACUCUUCCUAAAAGCAGUAGAAGAAGAACAAAAUGGAGCUCUUUAUGAAGCCAUCAAGUUUUAUCGUAGGGCUAUGCAACUUGUACCUGAUAUAGAGUUCAAGAUUACUUAUUCCCGGUCUCCAGAUGGUGAUGGCGUUGGAAACAGCUACAUUGAAGAUAAUGAUGAUGACAGCAAGAUGGCAGAUCUCUUGUCCUGCUUCCAGCAGCAACUCACAUUUCAGGAGUCUGUGCUCAAACUGUGUCAGCCAGAGCUGGAGAGCAGUCAGACUCACAUAUCCGUGUUGCCAAUGGAGGUCCUGAUGUAUAUCUUCCGAUGGGUGGUAUCUAGUGACUUGGACUUGCGAUCAUUGGAGCAGUUGUCCCUGGUAUGCAGAGGAUUCUAUAUCUGUGCCAGAGACCCUGAAAUUUGGCGUCUGGCUUGCUUGAAAGUUUGGGGCAGAAGCAGUAUUAAACUUGUUCCAUACACAUCCUGGAGGGAGAUGUUUUUAGAGCGGCCUCGUGUUCGAUUCGAUGGAGUGUAUAUCAGUAAGACCACAUAUAUUCGUCAGGGGGAACAGUCUCUUGAUGGUUUCUAUAGAGCCUGGCACCAAGUGGAAUAUUACAGGUACCUAAGAUUCUUUCCUGAUGGCCACGUGAUGAUGUUGACGACCCCUGAGGAACCUCAGUCCAUUGUUCCCCGCUUAAGAACUCGGAAUACCAGAACCGAUGCAAUUCUUCUGGGUCAUUAUCGUGUGGCACAAGAUAUAGACAAUCAGACUAAAGUGUUUGCUGUAAUAACUAAGAAAAAAGAAGAAAAGCCACUUGACUACAAAUACAGAUACUUCCGUCGUGUCCCUGUACAAGAAGCAGAACAGACUUUUCAUGUAGGGCUACAGCUGUGUUCCAGUGGCCACCAGAGGUUCAACAAACUCAUCUGGAUACAUCAUUCUUGUCACAUUACUUACAAGUCAACUGGUGAGACGGCAGUCAGUGCUUUUGAGAUUGACAAGAUGUACACACCCUUGUUCUUCGCCAGGGUGAGGAGCUACACCGCAUUCUCAGAAAGGCCUCUGUAGAACCUCAAGUCCAGUCCUCUGUCACUGUUGCAUGAGCAAAAGUACAUAGUGCAAGAGCACCUAAGUUGUAAAUGUACAUAUAUAUGGAAUUGGGACUUUAUUUUAAAUUGUUGGAGUUCUUUUAAGGAGAGUAUAAAUUGAUUAUUAUUAUUUUUUUUUAUUUAAGGGGAUAGUUGAUUCUCGGGAUGUUUUAAAAUUAAGCAGUUAAUUUUAAGUUGUUUAAACACAUUUAAGUUGUAAAAAACCUUACUAUGAGUUUGAAUCAUGUCCUUUUUCAAGCAGAUUUAUGAGCAGAUUCCUGUCCCAUAAGUCAUCUUCCGCCUGAUCAUCCUUCUAUUUAAAGGGGUCAGGGGGAGUGCUCCAGUCAGUAAUUAUUUUAUUUCCUGCAUGACAUAGUGUCUUUGCAUUAAAGGCUCAAAUGUGAAAACCUGUUCUGGAUUUGUUUGAAACUGUUUGACCAAUAAAGAUCAUAAGUAAAUAUUUCUUUGAAGAAAAAUAUAUUUGGAUGGCCUUUUAAAAGUGUCAGAAUAUAUUUAAUAAACAGUCCAGAGGCUGACUAA